CUUUUUCUCAAAAUCACAAAUACACUAAUCUCAUAAACCCCCAAAACCUCUGCAUAAAUAUUUCUAGAUAAGCUGAAAUUAUGAGGCCUUCUUCUUCACUCUCUGAAAAUUCAUCAAACUGGUCGAGUUUAUGGAUUUAAUGGUGCCUAUACAGCAAAGCCGUGAAGGGUUUUGUUUGUUUCAUUCUUUUUGUAAGGAUAGUGAUAUAAAGAUUCAAACUUUAAGGUGUAAAGAUAGGGUUAGAGUUUGUUUUAGUGGUGGUGUUAAAGUGUUUGAUGGGGAAAAGUUUGAUUCUGGUGGAAAUGGUGAUGGGUUGGGGAGAAAUGAGGUUUUUUCGGAGAAAAGGCGAAAUGAGGUAUCUGCUGUUUCAAGGUCUGAUAAUUUUGGGUUGAAUGGGGAGGGGGCUAAUUUUGAUGUUAGGAAUGGGGGAGGUUUGAGUUUAAGUAAGUAUUGUUGUUCGCGGAAUUUUGAGGAGUAUGAGAGUAAUAAUUGUCUUCGAAGAUUGGUUAGGGAUGGGGAGUUGGAGGAGGGUUUUAGGUGUUUAGAGAGGAUGGUUUAUCAAGGGGAUGUUCCUGAUAUUAUUACUUGCACAAGUUUGAUUAAGAAUUUUUGUCGGGUUCGGAAAACGAAGAAGGCUGCUAGAGUUUUGGAAAUUCUUGAGGAGUCUGGCGCUGUUCCUGAUGUUAUCACUUACAAUGUGUUGAUUAGUGGGUAUUGUAAGGUGGGAGAGAUUAAUAGUGCAUUAGAGGUUUUGGAUCGGAUGAGUGUUGCUCCUGAUGUUGUUACCUAUAAUACUAUCUUGCGUAGUUUAUGUGAUCGUGGGAAACUUAAUCAAGCAAUGGAAGUUCUUGAUAGGCAGUUGCAGAAGGAGUGUUAUCCUGAUGUUAUUACGUACACAAUUUUGAUUGAAGCCACUUGCAAGGAAAGUGGGGUAGAUCAAGCAAUGAAGCUGUUGGAUGAAAUGAGUAGUAACGGUUGUAAACCGGAUGUUGUUACUUAUAAUGUCCUUAUCAAUGGUAUUUGUAAGGAAGAAAGGUUGGAUGAAGCAAUCACAUUUUUAGAUAAUAUGGUAUCGUUGUAUGGGUGCCAGCCAAACGUAAUUACCUAUAAUAUUGUACUCUUUAGCAUGUGUAACACUGGGAAGUGGACGGAUGCUGAAAAGCUUUUGACCGAGAUGCUGCGCAAAGGGUGUUCUCCUAGUGUUGUUACCUUUAACAUAUUAAUUAAUUUCUUUUGUAGGAGAGGAUUAUUGGGUCGAGCAAUUGAUAUUUUGGAUAAGAUGCCUGAGUAUGGAUGUACUCCGAAUUCAUUGAGUUAUAAUCCAUUGCUUCAUUGGUUUUGUAAAGAAAAGAAAUUGGACAGGGCAAUCGAAUAUCUACAUGUUAUGGUGUCUAGAGGGUGUUACCCUGAUAUUGUGACCUAUAAUACACUGCUAACUGCUUUAUGUAAAGAUGGAAAAGUUGGUAUAGCUGUCGAGAUACUUAAUCAGCUAAGUAGGAAAGGUUGCCCUCCCGUUUUGAUCACUUACAAUACAGUGAUUGAUGGCCUUACAAAAGUAGGAAAAACAAAAUUUGCUAUAGAGCUGUUGGGUGAAAUGCGAGGAAAGGGACUCCAACCUGAUAUAAUCACCUAUUCAUCACUUGUUGGAGGGCUUAGCAGAGAAGGUAAAAUUGAGGAGGCAGUUAAUUUCUUUCAUGACUUGGAAGGUCUAGGUGUCAGGCCUAAUGCUAUUACCUACAAUAAUGUCAUGCUGGGGCUUUGUAAAGCUCAUAGAACUGAUCGUGCCAUCGACUUCUUGAUUAAUAUGGUAGCUAAGGGAUGUAAACCUACUGUAGGGACAUACACUAUUCUCAUUGAAGGUUUAGCUUAUGAAGGUCUAGUAAAGGAAGCCUUGGAGAUUUUGAACGAGUUGUGCUCCAGGGGUGCUGUGAAGAGAAGGUCUGCACGACAAAUGGCGGCCAAGAUAUAAAUUUUGAACGAGUCUUCAUUUUGCGAUGAAUACACCUCUAAGUUUUGAAUGCAUUUUCUUGUUUUACAAUUUGCUAUCAAUUGUCUUGCAGCAACAGAAAAUUAUAUAUAUACUGUUAAAAAAGCCCAGAUUAUGCUGCUAUUUGUGCUGUCUGGACCUGUAAAGUUGAUAUGCAUUUUGUGAUUAAGUUCAGUACUUAGUUUCUUCAUUCCCGGGCAGAAAUACAUUUCUCUUCCGUUAAUUGCAAUGGUCGAGAUAUAUGUUUUUGUCAAUAUAUUCUGCGUCAAGGCCUUUUAGCCGCUUAAGGCUUUAACUGA